AUCUAAGGUCUUGUAUUCCUCCAGCUUAUACUGCUGAGACCCUGUUCUCUCAUCACAGUUGUGUUCUAUAUUUUGAGCAAUCUGGCAUCAAACAUUCAGCAGAGAAUGCUUGCCACAUUCUUUCCAAUCUUUCCCUCCAUAUUCGUGACCCGUUUCACUCCUGUAGACAGAUAUCGUUGCUCACAGCAAUGGCUCCCUGAACUUUUUCUGUUCCCUCCAUACUCUAUGCCCUCACAAUAUCCACCUCUACAGCUCAUUAACUCAUCAGGGUAACAAACUACAAUUAAUUCUAACCUUGUGAAUUAUGAAAUUAGGAAUAACAGUCAUCAUCAUCAUCAUUGUUUAAUGUCCGUCUUCCAUGCUAGCAUGAAAUUAGGAAUAAAAAAUUUUCAAGCCUUCCAAGUAUAUUGAGAGAUUUUUCUUAAGCCUUAAUAGUUUUAAAAAUGCACAGAGGUAGAAGGACAGAUACAAAUAAUGAUUACAGUGAAAGAAUCUUCUGGAACUACCAACAACACACAAUCUUUAAAUUGUAAAAUAACGAAUUUAACAGACACACACUUGAAAUGCGAACAUAUUUGGUGGGUGCAAGAAAUAGACCAGAACACGCAUGAAGAAGUGGUUUUGACCAUUAGUAAACAACCUAAAUUCCAAAAUGGAUAUUUUUCAAGAAUCGAAAUAAUUGACAGACAUACAGCACAGGUUUUCAGCUGCAGAGCUUUGUGUAACUUGCAGACAUUUACUGCCACCUGUCAUCUUCCAGAGAAAAAAGAGACAUCAGUGGAAUGCUCAACCCAUUUCUUUGCCACGUCCAAAAAAAUUGGUCAGAUUCCGAAUACAGAAACAGAAUUGAUUCACCUGAAGAGGGUUUUAAACAUUUUGGUUUUCGCACUGUGUGUUUUAAGUAUCAUUAUAAUUCUGAAUUUCAUUAAUUGUGUCUUCAAGAAGUUCCGCAAAAAGAAAGCAAAAAAAUCUUCAGGAAUGGAAGAAGAUACGUCAGACGAUGUUGAUGAUACAGAGAAAGAUGAGUUGGAGACAAACAAAUUGCUUGAUGAGGAAGUGAAACCUGCCUAUAAACCUCACACAAGACCAAGUAUUUUGUUAAAUGGACAAUUGUUGUUUGAAGGUGACACACCAUUUGCUAAAGUGACAUACAAGUCUGAUAAACCAGUGAUUUCCUUUGUUGAUAAUACAACGGCCCUUCAAAACUGGGACCCUGGAGUCUCAUGUUUUACUCUGGCACCCAGUGAAAGUGAUUCUAAUGAAGAAUACAUUGAAAAGAACACAGAUUUGCUUGUCCCAGACAAUGAUUACUAUGAAAGGGACCGUUCUGCAUCAUGUCCUGAGGUCCUCCAAAGCAUUUUCUAAAUCAAGUUUGAAGUGAGUGCUUGCUUCUUUUGUAACCCUUUUGGCACCAACUGAACCAUUUUCGUUUCAAUGAUACAAACUUCCUGUUUUUAAAGUACACUAGAUUUACAUCUUUCCACCGAAAUUUCAUGUAAUAUUUCAAACACCAACAUAAUAUGACAAUUAUUUUACAAAAAGUUCCUAGUUAUAAUCAAAAUUUAUUAAAACAAAGGCUGUGUAUUUUAACAAAAGUAUGCUGACAAAAGGGUUAAAACUAUUUAUUUAGGCAUUAUAAAUACCUUAUAGUGCUUACUGCCAUCUUCCUAUAUUUUGGUUACCGAUUUAGCAUUUGGUACCAUAAAAUAAAAACACUCUUAUUAUCUGUAGUUAUAAGUGGAGAUUUGCAAUCAGAGUAUAAAAGCAGCAUGUGAAUGUGUGUGUGUGUGUGUGUGUGGUUGUUCUGUUAAUAAUGACAAUGAAGAAGCUAAAAAGUUGAAAAAGAUAACCGUUUCCAGAGAGUAUGGUAGUUGCAUGUUUUGUACAAAGCUAAAUGGUGUGUACAGGUGACCCUUGGAGUACACGACUGAUUAGGUCCAUCGGUCAAGUGUAAAUCAAAAACCAUGUCAAAACAAGGGAGAUAAUAUUUCUAAUGUUAAUAAGAAAAACACAGCUGAAACAGUUAUUUAUUCAAACAGAUAUAACACAACUAUAUAACAGCAGUAGCAGCUGAGUGGUAAGUAGCUUGUCUACCAACCACAUGGUUCUGGGUUCAGUCCCACUGCGUGUCACCUUGGGCAAGUGUCUUCUACUAUAGCCUUGGGCAGACCAAAGCCUUAU